UAAGUGCCAUGUGGACCUUGAGGAACGAUUUAACAAGAGGUCGCAAUGCAUCAUGGGAUGUGUAGUACGCCAGCCGUCUAGCAGGCUUGUCAAGACAAAAAGGUCGACGUAUCAUCGCUAAAAUAAGCAAACAAAUGGCAAAAUGUCGAUUUCUGACCAAGAAGACAACACCUGGUCCGUGAAUAAUGCUGAUUUAUGACUCUGCGGCAACGUACUGUGACGUCUCGGUGGCAUUGUGGUGACGAGUUGUUCUCUCGUGGGUGCAGCGGAAGAUGGAACACAGCGUGAGGGGGACGGUGUGGCGCGGUUGGUAGAGUGGCCGUAGGGUUCAUGGUUCGAUCCCCACCUGCUACCAACCACGUGACGUCCGUUGUGUCUUUGGGCAAGAUACUUCACCCUUGCUCUUGAUGGGUCUUGGUUAGGAAAAUACAAGCUUUUCACGUGUUGGUACACGAUAAUAAUUGGUCACAAAAUAAUCAAGUCAUUCUUCGGCAGGACCUCCAGGCAGAUUGGAGUAAAGUAUUCUCUUCAAAGAGGCCACACUGUGUGAAAACCAUAGACCAACAUUCCUCCAAAGAGUUAAUCUUUGCGGUUCUUCCAAGUGUGACUUCUCAAUGACCUCCAUGCUAAUACCUCCGCAGAGGUCACCUGUGUUCCCAACAAAACACCUGCACGCAUGGCAAAAUGAAGAUCCCGGAUGAGUCUCAGGGGAGACAAACUGACCGAGGCAGCCACAAACACGAGAGAGGAAAUCAAUGGGAGAUGUUCCAUAAUGUGAGGCUGCUCCCUUCUGAUCCAUGGAAACCGCACAGACGCUCUCGUCUACUCAUCAAAGGUUGUCUUCUGUGGCUCCGAUGUUUGCUGGAGAGAGUGUGUGGGAUGGAGUGGUAUGGCUACGCUGCUCUUGGUAUCUUAACUGCCAUUCUCAGCUUUGUUAUGGACCUGAGUGUAUCAAAGCUGCUGGCAGCCCAUCAGUGGCUUUAUACCAAACUGGAUGGCAACAAUCUGCUGCAAUUUCUCUGCUGGACACUUUACCCAGCAUGCCUCUGUGCUUUAUCGUCUUCGCUCUGUCAAAACAUCUGCCCCUUCGCUACAGGCUCAGGGAUACCUGAGGUGCCCAAUUACUUGUCCCUCACCAACAUGUUCACCAAGUUCCUGGGCCUUAUUUGUACGCUGGCAGCUGGCAGCACGGUCUUCCUGGGCAAAGUGGGUCCAUUUGUGCAUCUUUCCACCAUGAUGGGAGACUAUCUCAGCCACCUCAUCUCUCUUGUACAAGUCACAAAAAAGAAAGCGCAAGGAGACAUGCUGGUGGUAGCCGCCUCCGUCGGCGUCGCCAGCUGCUUCGGUGCACCAGUCAGCGGUGUGCUCUUCAGCUUGGAGGUGAUGUCCUCUCACUUCGCCACCAAGAACUACCUGCCGUGUUUCUUCUCCGUGGUCUGCGGGGCGGUGACCUUCCGCUUGUUCUCAGUGUGGAGUGGAGAUGAAGAGACUCUGCAAGUGUUGUUUAAAACACAUUUCCCUUCUGCUCUCCCUUUCUUUCCAUUGGAGAUUCUGAUGUUUGCUCUCUUGGGGCUGCUGUGUGGCGCUGUGAGCUGCUUGUACCUCUUCCUGCAUCGCUGCAUGCUGCAAUUCACCACAACAAAAGUUGGCUUCGUCAAGAUACUGAAAAGCGAGAAAUGUCUGUACUCUGCUUUGGUGACCUUCUUUUUGGCAUCUCUGACCUAUUCUCACUCUCUGGGUCAAUACAUGGCUUCUAAGCUCACCAUGAAGCAGCUGCUCACCUCCUUACUGGACUGCAGACCUUGGAUGUCUCCAUCCCACAAUGUCUCCGUGAAACUGGAUCCAGAGGCUUUGUCUGAGUGGGGCUCAUCUGUGCGUCCUGUCUACCUGUCUCUGGCUGUCUUUCUGCUCAUGAAGCUGUGGAUGUCAGUGCUAGCCUGCACUCUGCCACUGCCAGCGGGUUACGUCAUGCCAGUUUUUAUCUAUGGGGCAGCCAUUGGUCGUUUGCUUGCAGAGGGAAUGAUUUACAUAUCAUCCACCACUAUGACACCAGGCAAUGAGUGGUCGUCUAUAAAUCCUGGAGGCUACGCACUUGCAGGUGCAGCAGCAUUCUCCGGGGCUGUGACACACACUUUAUCACCAGCUCUCUUGGCCGUCGAAUUGACCGGUCAGUUCAGCCAUGUCGUCCCCGCCCUCCUCGCCACGCUCUUAGCCAAUGCCGUCGCUCGCUCUGGGCACCGCCCAUCUUUCUAUGACGCUGUCUCCAUCAGCAAGAGGCUGCCACACCUGCCGUCUCUCAUGCUGGCACACCCCAAGCUUGUCUCCGCACAGCUUGGACACGUCCUGGGUGUGAGGACAGUGCAGCUUCAGAGAGCAGCAAGCCCACAGGAGGUGCAACAUGUCCUGGACAACACCAGCACUGAGACACAGAUCCCGGUGGUGGACUCACAUGACUCUUCAAUCUUGCUGGGCGUUGUUGGGCGAGCAGAGCUGCUGAUGUUCCUGCGUCACUGCAGAGCUGCUGAGAAUGUGGAUCCACAUUUGGAGGACGUCUGCACUAUUCACUCUGCUUCGGCCCUGUUGUCACCUCACAACACCGUACAAGAGGCAUACAACAUCCUGAGUCUUUCUGGAGCUCAGACUGUGUUCGUCACCGACAGAGGAAGGCUGCUUGGAGUCAUCACAUGGUUAGAGAUGAAGAGAAUAUUAGAAGACGCAGCUAAAGAAAUCUAGAACACUCCUCCGGGCCCGUAAUUCAUCUUUGGAUGGUUGGCCUGGCUCUAAUAACGUUGUCAGUUGCUUAUUGGCUUCACAUGACAACAUUCCCUAAUAAUGCUCACUAGCGGCCUUUGACACACAUUUAUCGCUGACUCCUCACCUCUUGUUCUAAUCAGCAGGAUUCCCUAACAAAAGACACAUUACAUGUGUGUACAAUAGAAACAAUAAAUAAUAAAUCAUUGAUAACUCAAUGUACUGAUUUGCGUUCCUAUAAUUCGGCAAGUUUUACCUCGAUGGGGAACAAUCGAUUUCCAAGAUAAAUUAAAGCUACAAGCAGCGAUGGACGGGACCGACUUUUGCUGGUGUUUCCUGCCUUUACCCAUUCAACAUAUCUUUACCUGCACAUUACCUACCUUCCCUGCAUCCUGGGGUCACACUGGUGCUUCUUUCUUUCACCCAUACACGCUGGUCCUUCCUGCCAUCACCCAGACAACAUAUCUGCACAUUACCUAUCUUCUCUGCAUCCUGGUGUCAAACUGCUUCCUCCUUCUUUCACCCAGUCAACAUAUCUUUACCCGCACAGUACCUACCUUCUCUGCAUUGUGUGGUCACGCUGGUGCUUCCUGCUUUUAAGCGGACAUCUGGAGACGGCAGCAGCAUCAGCGCAGAAGUUCUUUGAAGGCUCGUAAAAUCAAAACCGUAGCAGUAAUUAAAACUAUUUUAUCAACUUUUAAUCAGAAGGGUUCAAUCUUUUUUCUGUGCGAGUUUGAAGCCGACACAACAAACGCGCUCAGAGGAGAUAAUGUUUGAAAAAAGGUGACGGGUUUUUACAAAACGUUUUUUUUUAAGUGGUAAUUGCCAACUUCCUGUUGAUUUUUGCUGAAGGAUGUAAAUGAAUGAAAUGUAGUUCUAAGUGAGACCUACAUAGAGGUUUUUGUUUCAUGUGUGUACAACAUUCGUACCGUAAAUUACAAGCAGUUUUGUGUGUGUUUUCUUCCUAGGAGCAGUUUUGUCUGUGUUUUAUUCCCAGGGGGCGCUAGAACGCAAUUUUGAGUUUUG